CUCCAGGGCACUUUGAAACCCUUGACAUUUUGCUUGUAACCAAGAUAAGAUUACGCUGAGUGGACUGACCCACACAAUUUGAUUAACAAAUUGAGAGACUGAUUACAGAGUGGAAGAUCCCAUUACAUCAAUAUCGAUAAGAUGGUGUUGACGGAAGCCCUUUUCCUGGUGGUCGCUGUCCUGGUGGCGGUGUACAUGUGGUUCCAGCGAAACCACAGCUAUUGGCAGCGCAAGGGAAUACCCUUUAUCCCACCCACGCCGAUCAUAGGAAACACGAAGGUGGUCUUCAAGCUGGAGAACUCCUUUGGCCUGCAUCUCUCGGAGAUCUACAAUGAUCCAAGGGUCAAGGACGAGGCUGUUGUGGGUAUAUAUGCUCUCAACAAACCUGGUUUGAUUAUUCGCGAUAUAGAACUGGUUAAAUCGGUUCUGAUCAAGGACUUUAAUCGGUUCCAUAAUCGUUACGCCCGCUGCGAUCCCCAUCGGGAUCCUUUGGGCUAUAAUAAUCUCUUCUUCGUGAGGGAUUCCCAUUGGAAGGACAUUCGCACCAAGCUCACUCCAGUUUUUACCAGCGGAAAGGUUAAGCAGAUGUAUACCCUGAUGCAGGAGGCGGCUCUGAAGAGACAUGGAGAGAAGAGUUCCGGGAAGUAUAUCACCGAAAUCAAGGAGAUCUGCGCCCAGUUCUCCACGGACAGCAUAGCCACCAUUGCCUUUGGCAUCCGAGCAAACAGCCUGCAGAAUCCCAAUGCCGAGUUCCGUAACCAUGGACGCAAGCUCUUCACCUUUACCAUAUCCCGUGCGAAGGACUUUUUCGUGGCCUUCUUCCUGCCCAAACUGGUGUCCCUGCUUCGCAUCCAGUUCUUCACACCGGAUUUCGCUCACUUCAUGCGGAAGACCAUUAGCCAUGUGAUGCAGGAAAGGGAAAGGACCGGAGUGGCCCGAAAUGAUCUGAUUGAUGUUCUGGUGGCUCUGCGCAAGGAGGCGGCUGCGGAGCCCACGAAACCGCAUUAUGCCAAGAAUCAGGACUUUCUGGUGGCCCAGGCGGGUGUGUUCUUCAAUGCCGGCUUCGAGACCUCCUCCUCGACCAUGUCCUUUGCUCUGUAUGAGCUGGCCAAGCACCCGGAGAUGCAGCAACGUUUGCGUGAGGAGAUCAACGAAGCUUUGGUGGAGGGCGGUGGCUCAUUGACCUACGAGAAGAUCCAAUCCUUGGAGUACUUGGCCAUGGUGGUGGAUGAGGUGCUGCGCAUGUAUCCCAUACUGCCGUUCUUGGAUCGCGAGUACGAGAGUGUGAAGGGGCAGCCGGAUCUUAGCCUGAAGCCCUUCUACGAUUAUACCUUUGAGAACGGAACCCCUGUCUUUAUUCCAGCCUAUGCAUUGCAGCAUGAUCCCAAGUACUGGACAAAUCCCAGCCAGUUUGACCCAGAACGCUUCUCUCCCGAGAACCGCAAGAAUAUCGUGGCCAUGGCCUAUCAACCUUUUGGAUCCGGACCCCACAACUGCAUCGGCAGUAGGAUAGGCCUUCUGCAAAGCAAACUGGGACUCGUUAGCAUUCUGAAGAAUCACUCGGUUAGGAACUGCGAGGCCACCAUGAAGGAGAUGCAGUUUGAUCCCAAGGGUUUUGUGCUGCAGGCCAAGGGAGGCAUCCAUCUGGAGAUUGUAAACGAUCGUCUCUACGAGGAGAGCGCCGGAAAAGGGGUCCAUUAAAUAAACUGUGAACUAUAUAGUAUAGAAGUAGCUAGUAGACAUGAUUAGCUGACAAGGUAAUCGCCUUCUGACAGCUCACAUUUGUUACACACAUUAUACAAUAAUCCGUGUCAGAAGCGGCGCCUGGUCUACUGAAUAAAAACAGAAUGAUUAUCAAAUUACAUUUAAUCUGUGAAUGUGUAAGCUAUGUAUAAAAAUGCGCCACCAAUAAAUAAAUGUAAACUA